CACGCAGUCACGUCCUUCGCGUCGAUCUCAGAGUCAUUGCUCAAUGCCUACAACCUCCCGCUCCAAAACCUACAGCCGUAAAUCCACGAAAAGGAGAGCAGAAGAACCGCGUGAAGAACUAGAGUCGAAGCGCAGGAAAUUUGAUCAAGACGGACAGAGACAGGGGGGAGGUUCCACCGAUGUCGAAGAGGAUACAAUACCGCGUCUCCGAACACCGCGAGAUCUUACCCAAAUUUUCGAGGAAAUACCUCUUCCAGUCGCCUCGCAGUCUCAGAGAAAGCUGGCCAAGCGAAUGCUGUCUCGGUCACGGACAGAACCUUCAAUUGCUAGUAGAAGCAGCGAAGGCAGCGGUUUGUCCAGUACAAAUACCAGCAAAAGCAGCAUGUCGCAGACACAGUCUCUUGCCGAUCCAUUUGCCAUUCCGAAGUUUUCAGCGUCAAUUUCGGAUCCAAAGCCUGGCGUUUCCGAAAGCAAAUCCGGUCCAACAGCGCGCGGAAAGAACGUCGGACGAACUUAUGCUGGCAGCUCCAGAUCCUUCCUUGUCCCUAUCCCGUCACACUCUGCGUCUCUAGAGCAAAUCCAGGACGAACUAGACGACGAAUUCGCGUCUAGAGAGUCGUAUUCAUCACUCCGAACCCGCUGGGGGGUGGAUGCAUCCGAAGACGAUCCAUUCAACGCGGUGUCGCCCGCGCGAUCUGGGUCGCGCAACCCAACCCCCAACGCCUCUCCGAGCAAGCGGGGUAAAGCACGCCCCGAGCCGGUUCCCCUCGAGAAUGGGAUGAUGAAUCCGUUGAAAAGUAUUACCGAAUUACGACAUCAAGGGGAGAGUCGACGGUUUCUGGACGAAGUGGGCUACUUGUGGGAAGGAUUGGAUCCCUCUGGUGGCGUUGGUCUCCGUCGGGCAAGUGCUCUCGAGAUUGUAUCGAAACUUGGCGACUCGGAAUUUUCACGUAAAGCAAAGGCGGCUGAUUUUAUUGGACCCACUUGGGAUCUUUUCCUAGAAGCUGGAAGCAGCCCCGGUCAGGAUCCGAUAAUGGGCAUAUUGGCUGCUUUUUACCUGUCGCUCAUUGCCCGAGAUCCUGCGCUACUGUCAGAAUUAGAUCAACGAUCUGCUCCUCCUCUUUCUACUGUUCUGUUCAGACAUCUAGGGUGCUUCAGUGCCUCGGAUCCACUUGCUGUAACAGACGUCAUCGAAUUGCGAAAACUAGGUCUCUCGAAGAAAGAUCUGAUCACGCUUGGAACCAUUCGUUCUGCCAUUUCAGCUGUUUCUCUGUUCCAAGAUGCUGAAAUAUCAGCCGCGCUUCUGAUAUCGCAUUCAUUAGCUGCGCUCCCUGCUUCUGCGCUCCAGCCCACCGCAGUCAAUGUCAAUACAGUUCUUUCGACUCUCAAGUCGGUUCUAUCAUCGCUGUCGUCUUCGCCAAAGCUAGACCACGUCUCGCUGCCAUAUGACCAUCUCUUCAAUCUUCUGUCGCUGCUUGACAGCCACGUUCUUUCUGCGUGGGCUCCACAAACGCAAGAUGAUGCCUUUGACACUCAGGCUCUCGUUCAUAGCGCCCGAGACUGGCUACCUGAGGGCUUGCUCUCCCUCUGCAUCUCUCUUGAAACCCGACCAGUGGGCAAAGCUCGCGCGUGUGCUCCGAUAGCGCUGCGCUUGCUCGUCGGACUGACUCAUUCCGACAAGAUAUGGUGCACGCGGUUGAUCGAAGAUGGGCGGUGUCUUGGCUUCAUCGUUCGAUCGGUCCUUCGUCACCACUCCAACAGACUGGAUUCCUCGUCCGAGAACCUGCAGGAGGAAAAUCUCAUCAAGAGAGAAGAAUCCGAGGAUCAGCAGUUUGACGCCUCCGCCAGCAUCGAGCAAACGAACGUCGAAGAUGCACUUGACAUGCUGUGUCUUACACUCGGGCUGCUGACAAAUCUAGUCCAAGUGGAUGAGCAGGUGAAGGACGCAUUUCGGACUGUCUUCGUUUCCCCUAAAUGCGUCGUCUCUCGCUGCCUUGUCACCUGCAAAUGCUCCUCAGGACGAGUCAGCUCGCUCGAAGCGUUUGUUCGCGUCUAUCGCGAACUGUUGGUCAAUCCGAUCAUAGUAUCAAGCAAGAAUCCCAACCUGCCGUGCCAGACCCAGACACAUUGUUGGCUGCAGGGGAGACACGGCUUCUGCUCUCGCAUUUAUCACUCCUGUUCGGUCUUCUCAUGCUGGACAAUGCGCCAAAUCGCCGCAUUCUGCUCGAAAAUCUCCCAACGACUAGUCGCAGAUCCCAUUUCGUUGGAGAGUCCGCCAAGGUCGACAUGCUCAUGGCGCAUGCUAAAGAGUUUGCAUACAUAUAUCGCGAUGGGGACUCGAAGACCUCUGAGGAAGCAGAGAAUGUUCGCCUUGUUUUAUUGUUCCUGACCACCUUACGGGAUUCUAGUUGAAAGCAAUUUGUGUACCAGACCUCGUUUCUUGUCUAUAUCAUUAUGAUUAGUUUAUCGACUUCAGUGGUAACUCCUAACCCUAAUUCGUCCCAUGUUGUGAUCUAGCACGCACUGCUUUGUCGCCUCUCCUUCGAGCAUCGUGCCCCUGCUUUCUUCUUCUUCUAUGCCUGCAGUCCGCACCUCAAAGUCUAACCCGGAAGAUGAGGAGAUGAAUCAGGAAGAAAUGGAAGAGGACACCAGCGUUGAACCAACAGUGGCAGAAGAGGGAAAAGCUGGGCUAACAAUGGAAGAACGCAAGGCGAAACUGGAUGCUCUGCGCGCACGCCGAGCUGCCUCGCAUAAAGCCAACCGUGCAUCUCUAGUGGAAGAAUCAGCCAAGGCGCAAACGACGGCGCGCGAUGCAGCUCGGCUGGAGCGGCAACGAAAGUUGGCGGAAACUUUGCGACUGAAAGCGGACGCUGAGGAGAAGGGCGAACCUGACGCUGUUGAGAGAGCGAAGAAUUGGGAGUGGACCAUCGAGGAGAAUGACCAAUGGGAGAAGAAGCAAGCGCGGAAGAAGAGGAGAGCAGAGUUUGAGUUCCAUGACGACGCGCACGCUGCCCGACGCCGCUAUAAAAAAGACCUGGACCAUAUUAAGCCUGACCUUGCAGCUUACAAUCGUCAGAAAGAGCUGGCAAUGGGUCUGGCUCCGGGCUCUCUGACCACAUUCGACCCCAGCGGAUCAUCGAAACAAAUGAUUCCCACCGCUGAAGAACAACGCUUAGCUUCCGAGAAUCUGUACCGAGACGCCAACACGCUCAUUUACGGGGACAAUAAACCCUCGGAAGAUGCGAUCGACCGGGUCGUUAGCAAAAUCAACCGAGAUAUCGACAAGAAGAGCAAAUUCUCUAGGAAGAGGACCAACGAGAUCGAAGGCGACAUCACGUAUAUCAAUGAGCAGAACAGAGUGUUCAACAAGAAGAUUGGUCGCUUCUACGAUAAGUACACGGCUGAGAUCAGGGCCAGUUUCGAGCGGGGUACAGCGUUGUAGAGCAUAUUGCAUUGUAUAUCAUAUAUUAGGCGAACCGCUGUGAUGUAAAUCCACUUUCGAGUCUCCAUGCUCACCGCCUAAGUAUGCUCACUCGGUCGCUGCUUGGUGCCGAUGACCACUGGGCUUCCCUAUCACUAAUCAGUUUGUAUCAACGAUCAUGUCACACUGACCUGGGUUGACCGAAUCCAUAUUGCCGUCGGCUUUGCUCCGUGCACACAGCCCUCCUUGCUCACGGUCAACGAGACUGGGCUUUCAUCGCUGCCAACGUCUAUAGAUACCCCAGCUUCCGACUAUGUCGGGAGGACGGCCGGCCUCUCCCGUGGACCACGAUCUUCAAGUACUGUACGAUGAAGUCUGGGCUAGUUUCGCUGAAGAAAACGGGACGCAAGACGGGGACAUAGAUACUAUUCUCAACGUGUAUAGUUCGGACCACGAUCCCUCGUCUACUGUUCCGUCUCCGAGCACGAGCACACAGUAUGGCGAUGGCUCGCAGAAGUCUAUUCGAACGUCCGUGCGGCGUCUGCCUCCUACUCCAUCUUCCCCCUCGAAAUCCAUCAGCAUCAGUAUGCCAGAACCCGAACCGUACAAUCCCAGCGCGCCAUCCCCGAGACCCAGUGUAGAGUCAUCCUAUUCCACCGGAAACUCACCCGAUCUUCUCCGCCAAGCUACGACGACGAAUAUGCGCCGUCUUCCUUCUGCGCCCGGCAUAUCUCCAGCGGGCGCCCGAAAUGGGGACUCCUUGAGUCACUAUGGUGGAAUGUCCCGGCCAGCAUCGUUUCGUCCACCUGGCGCAGGGGCGCCUGUCAUUCGAGGAUCUUCGAAUGCAUCCAUAGAUUCGUACGACCGGACGCUGGCCGAUAGCCAGCAUUACAAAUUCAAUGUGGAUUCUCACGUAUCCCGCUCGGGAUCCUCACAAGCGGCCCUUAGUCGAAACACAUCUGCCAAUAGCACGGGCGCCUCCGCAAGCAUUCCCAGUCCUGACUCGGAGCAGUAUCUCUCGGUUGGGCCUUCCGGAGUCGACCGUAGGCCAAGCGAAAUGCUUCGCGAUCUUGCGAGCUAUGCCCCCAGUCGGCCGCUGGAACUGCACGGGGAUGCCGAUGAAGAAUAUUGGGAGGACGAGGACGAGGAGGAUGAAAAUCGUUUCGUGAACUUCUCGCUGCUCUCGCACAUUGCCGUACAGCUCCGAGACAAAGUUCCGCGCGGGACCCAUGUCAAAGGAAGCAUCCCGUACCCUCGGGCGUUCACCGGCAAGGACAUCGUCAGCACUAUUCAGUCACUCAUCCAACGCGGGGUCACGAUGAAGCACGGGAUCUCUACGAGCGACCGCCGUGCCGCUCUGCAGGUUGCACGUAGUUUGCAGAGCCAGCUGUUCUUCUACGAGGUUGAAUGGGGUGGCCGCGUGUUGCAAGAUGGCGUCGAGGAGGUCUACAUGUUUUUAGACGAUCAGGAAGGAUCCUCGGCGGCAGAGGCCGCGAGAGAGAGAGAAGAGCUGCCGACGGGUGUUGUCACCAUGCUGACGAAAUGCUACUCACUGAGUUGUGUUGACGAGUCACCCUGUUAUGCUUACGCGUGUCCCAGAAGGAACUCGACGAUCCCCACCAGUGCAUCCUCAGGUCCUACUGAAACCCCAGUCGCACCUUCCCGUGCUGAAUGGGGGCACGAUGUUCCUCAGGAGCUGCUUUCUUCUCUGCCGGAAAGCGAGAUCAAUCGCCAAACUAUCAUUCACAAACUGAUCACCAAGGAGGACCAAUAUAUACAAGACCUCGACACGGUUGAGAAUGUGUUUCUCAAGCCGUUGCGUGCCGCCAAUCCGCCUGUCAUACCCGCGGACCGUCUGGAUGAGUUCAUCGGUCACGUUUUUGGCAACAUUCUCAGCUUGCGGGAAUGCAAUCGGCGGUUGUUGGAGGUGAUGUACGUGCGACAGCGCGAACAAGCGCCUGUCAUCCAGAGAAUAGGCGAGCGAUGUGUUUUUAUCGGCGGCGGCGGAUUUCCGGCUGGCCUACCCCAUCUACAUUGGACAGUAUCCCCUGGCAGAGAAAAGAUUGAAAGAAGAGACGGACUCAAACCCCGAAUUCAGAUUGUUCCUGGAGAGCAUCUACAGAAGUAUCCCGUCCUGCUUGAUGCCAUUUUGCACGAAACUGCGGAGGGUAACCCGGAUGCCGACUAUCUCGUCGAGGCUAUCGAUGCCAUCAAGAACUGCAGAGGAACGCCUGGGAAAUGGGAGUGGCACGACUUGGUCGCUGAGGAUGUGCGGAAAGCUCUGCCCAAGGAGGAACAGAAAAGACAAUCAAUCAUCUUUGAGCUGAUCAAGGGUGAAAUGGCCUACGUCAAAGACUUGGAAAACAUCCAAAAUAUUUACAUCACACCUCUUCGCAAGGCCAACCCAUCCGUCAUACCUGCCCACCGAUUGGAACAGUUCAUCUCGGAUGUAUUCCACAAUUUCGCCGAUUUGCACGCGCAUCAUCUCAGCCUUGUGAAUGCAUUCCACGAGAUCCAACGGGAGCAACACCCACUAUUCGCAGCAUCACUGCCGCUAUGUUCGAUGCUGCGCUCAACUUCCGUGAUGUAUAUAUGGAAUACAUCCCCAACUAUCCUAUUGCUGCUUACCGGAUCGAUGACGAGAUGGCUCGCAACCCAGAUUUCAAGACGUUUGUUGAUGUGUCAAUGUGUGCGGCAUCCGGAUGCCCACCGGCUUGACAUGAAGAACUUCAUCAACCGCCCGAUUCCUCGACUGUUGCGGUACGAGCUGCUGCUGAAAGGGAUCCUGGAUGAGACCCCUGCGAACCAUGACGACCGCAAAGAGAUUCCGCAGGUCCUGGAGGUCAUCAAGGCUUUGGGGAAGGACACGGAGCCUGGUGUUGUGUCCGCCAAACAAAAGGUCGAGCUCUGGCGGUACAAUUCUAAUCUUGCCUUCAAGCCUGGAGAAGCAGUGGACAUGGAUUUGCUGGACGAGAAUCGAUCUCUCAUCUUUGCAGGCAAGGUUUUGCGGCAACCGGAUAACACUAUACCUACUAUCGAGUGGAACGGAUGGACGGAGUUGUUUGUGGUGCUCUUCGACAAUUACCUGGUUAUGACUAAGCCCAAGGAGCGAGACGGUGUGACCAAGUACCAGGUGAACCGAAGGCCAAUACCUUUGGAUCUGUUGACGCUCGUAAACUUCACGGAUCCGCCAAUGAAUCGGGGUGCUGGGCUGCUCCGAAACUUGCGAAGCGGAGUCGAACGACACGACUCCGGCAACACGCCUAUCACCGGUAAUCCUGACAGCGCAGGUGACUCUCGCGUUGUCUAUCCUUGGACCAUCCAUCACAACGGACGACUCGGCGGCGCCCAUAUUCUGUUUGCCGAGUCACAGCAAGCACGAGCGGAGUGGAAGCAAAAGCUGGACGAAGCUCUCGGCAUCCGCCAAGUUGUGCAGGAGUCGAAUCGGGUGUUUGAGGUGGAGACGCUCAGUAUUGAUACAUUCCUGGUGCCCUCCGUUCAGCUUGGGCCACAAUCGCCCCAAUGGAGCCAAGAUACUUCUUUCACAGGCAAAGUCACCUGUUCUGUCCCAUUCAAUACCGCUGACGGCAGGGGACUGGUGGCGAUCGGGUGUGCUGAAGGUGUCUGGAUCGGAUUCCGUCACGAUCCUCGAUCGAUGCGGCGUGUGCUACAUCUCAAAAUGGUCACACAGUGCGCCAUGCUGGAGGAAUUCGGCAUCUUCUUGGUGCUUGCUGACAAAGCUUUGUUCGCGUACCACAUCGAGGCAUUGGUUCCAUCCGGAGGCGGUGGCCAUGCAGCGGCCUCCCAAGUCCCUCAGAAGCUCAAUGGAACCAAAGACGUCCAUUUCUUCAGCGUUGGGACACUGCACAAUCGGACCCUCGUGAUCUACAUGAAGAAGAAGGGUCUGGACAGCAUAUUUCGUGUCCUGGAGCCGGUCGGGGAGAAGAUCAACGAGAAAGUCAAGGCCCCUGCGGGCUUGUCGUCCAGGCUCGGAUUCCGGUCCGCGAAAUCGGAAUGGUUCCGAAUAUACCGGGACUUUUUCCUGCCGUCUGAAUCAUUUGACUUGUACUUUACCAAGACGCGAAUCGUGAUUCUGUGCACCAAGGGCUUCGAAAUCAUGGAUCUCAAUGACUUCAAGAGUGUGACGAUUCCCCUGCGGGAUGACCCCAAAUUGGCCGCUUUGGCCAAGCGCUGCGAAGCAUGUCGACCCAUCGGCAUGUUCCGGUCAAACGAAGACGGCUUCUUGUUGUGUUACAACGAAUUCGGGGUGUAUGUCAACAAACACGGAGAUCCCCGUCGUGGCGGGCAAACCAUCGAAUGGGAAGGCAAUGCCGAAAAAGUAGCUUUCCAUUCCCCGUACAUUCUCCUUUUCGACCCGCGGUUCAUCGAAAUCCGCAACAUCGAGACAGGCCGAUUGGCCCAGAUCAUCCCGGGGAACAACUUCCGUUGUCUGUGGGACGGACGCGGUGUCAACUCAAGCAUUGUCACCACCCCUGCUCCAAAUGGUGAGCCCCAGGUCCAGGAGGCCCAGGUCCAUGCCGUGAUGAACGGGGCGGACUCCCCCGGAGGUCGCUCGAACCGGCCUGUGGCGCAGCAUGUCUUCGAGCUGAUCCCCACGGUUCCCCUUUUCUUGCCGGAAAAACCGCACCCAAUGCCUCCCCUGUCCCACAACAGCACGUCGUACUCCCCGCCUCAAUCUCCGUCCAGGGCUUCAGGAUCUAGCUGGAGAUAAAGCAUCCCAUCUAAUGUCUUAUUCUACCACAUUUUUGUAGCGUGUACCUUAUGUCCCGAGUAGUUUUGUAUAUGCAUGGAUUCAAUGAUCGUGAAUUACAGAAACGUUGCAAAGGG